CCCGACCUCUCCUGUACAUUGAACGAGAAAAGACAUACUCAUUCACCCGCAUCCACACGAUGUUGCUGUCUCGUACCAUAGAGCUUCGGUCAUUUUCAAAAUGGGGGUUCACCUUGCCCGGGAUGUCCUCACUCCAACGACGUUGUCAAUAUACAUUUGCAUCACGAGAUCAUCUUCAAGGGCAAAGAAUUCGUACAGAUCGUGAAUAUUCGCCUAGUCUGAGCUUUGUUCCGCAUAAAUCCAAAACAAAACGCCGUCGCGGCAGUUUUUUCAAACAAAAUCGAGUUCUUGAAAGCGCUACGUUGCCGCCCUCAGUUCGUCAGCAUGAUGUGUUUCUUAAUCCUGAAAACAAUACCCUUAUCUUUAGGAGAGUAGCAUAUGGAAAUGGGAGAACAUUCGAUUUCCCAGUACCUUUACAAUGGCUCAGAGACCAUUGCCAUUGUGAUAAAUGUGUGCAUCCAAGCACCAAACAACGCUUGAUAGAGACGUUCUAUGAUAUUCCUGCGGACAUAAAAACAAGUUCUGUUGAGGAGGAUUCUGUAGGGUUCAAGGUAUUGUGGAUUGACGGUCACGAGAGCUAUUAUACCAAAGACUGGCUGACUACUCCCAUGGACUUCGGAACAAAGUUCACGAACCGCCAGGGAUGGGUCGACCCAAUUUUUUGGACCGGUGAAUCGAUCAAAAAUGACCCGCCAACCGUAGACUUCUCCGAUGUAAUGAGUUCUGACGAGGGAUUGACGAAUUGGCUCGAAAAAAUAAAGCAGUACGGUUUCUGCUAUGUUGACAACACUCCUGUCUCUCCCGAGGAAACAGAAAAACUAAUCGAACGCAUUGCCUAUAUUCGAAACACUCACUAUGGAGGCUUCUGGGACUUUACAUCUGAUCUCUCUAAGGGCGACACAGCGUACACGCAGCUUGGGAUUGGUCCACACACCGAUAACACGUACUUCUCAGAUCCAGCUGGAUUGCAACUGUUCCACUUGCUGUCUCAUACCGAUGGCGAAGGAGGCACCUCCGGCUUAGUCGACGGCUUUGCGGCUGCCCGAGAACUUCAAAAGCAGGACCCACAAGCUUAUGAUCUAUUGUCCACAGUAAAGGUUUACUCUCACGCCAGCGGAAAUGCGGACAGUAGCAUCCAGCCCUACGCCGCGUUUCCGACACUUCUUCAUGACGACAAGAUGGGAGCAUUGAUUCAGGUGAGAUGGAACACGACGGAUCGGGCGCAGGUCGACACUCCGCUUAACCUAAUGGAUGAGUGGUACAAAGCGGCCAGAAAAUGGUCGAACAUACUUAAGGAGUUCGAAUAUCAGGAACAACUAAGGCCAGGCAAAGCACUAAUUUUCGACAACUGGCGGGUGCUGCAUGCGAGAUCGGCGUUCACAGGAAAGAGAAGAAUGUGUGGUGGUUACGUGAACCGGGACGACUUUAUUUCAAAGUGGAAGAUGUUGAAGUAUGGGCGUGACGAGGUCCUGAAACAAGUUUCUGCAAGAUAGUUUCGCUUGUAGGGGUCAAAAUUUAAUGUGGAGAAAGGGCUCUAAAAAACUAUAGCAAGGUUAAGGCAAGGCGCAUUUCUAUGGCGUGAUUGUGCGUACGUAUUUAGGUGCAAAAAAGGAGAAGAGGGUGAGAAUAUGAAGAUGGUAUUAGUAGAUACAUAUAUGACGUCUCAACGAAGUUGCCCGAAUCUGAAAUAGCACAAGGUUUUAUAAGGGUAUCAUACAA